AUGAAUGGCACAGACCAGCAUCAAUCUCCCCCGUCAAAUCCCCGCAAACGCCGCCGCCCGGCACUCUCUUGCCAACAAUGUCGCGCGCGCAAGAUCAAAUGCGAUAAAGAGAUGCCGUGCGGACCGUGUACUAAAGCCCAUGGAUGUACGAAAUGCUCAUAUGUCCAUGAGGGCAAAGCAGCUUUGGAUGCGAGACUUGAGACAUCCAGGGGAAGUGUGUAUGGAUCGCCAACUUCUCCUGUUGGAUCUAAUCUCGCCUCUGGAAAUGGUACUUCUGUGGAUGCGCUGGGUGAUGCAGCUCGAAUUGCAAAGUUGGAGAGCAGUGUUCGGGCUCUUCAUGAUCGUCUAUCGAGCCUUGAGACCCAAGUUAAAGGCUCAGAGAACGGCCACCUAUCAUCACAUGGUAACUCAAGUUCAAUGCACAACUUGAACGGGCUCAACGAGCGCAUUGCCGAGCUGGAACGGUUAUCACCACCCGGUAAAUCCGGGGAAUCAGAUCCACCACAGACUACGAUUCCUCCUUUGGCCCCUCGACUCAAGAGUAUUGGCGAACGAACUAGGUUAUUUGGCACUACCCAUUGGGCCCUUAUAUUUCACCAGCUUCGCCUGUUGCGACAAGUACGUAACACAGCCAAUUAUACUGAUGGCAAUCAAAAUGACAUUAGCAGGCUUCUCGGGGAAGUUCGAGGCUUGAGGAGAAUCAUUAAAAGCCGACAGGCUCCGCAAUUGGCAGAUCCAGCCCCAAAUCUACUCAACGAUCUACCUUCAAGGGACGUCUGCGACGAGCUUGUUCGCAACUACUUCCGGACCCUGGGCUUGAUAUAUCAAGUCAUGCACAUCCCAUCAUUCUAUCAGGAAUAUGAACGCUUCUGGGAGAACUCACUCUCUGCAUCAACGGGCUUUGUAAGAAAGCUUCUCCUGAUGCUAGCGAUUGGAUCCGUAUUUUAUUGCAAGCCAGGUCCAUCUAACGAGCUUGGUCUACCGAUCCGACGGUGGAUUUAUGCUGCACAGUGGUGGAUUUCUGGUCCAUUUGAAAAGGAAAGAGAGAGUAUAGAAGGUUUGCAGGUGCAUUGCCUUCUCCUUCUCUGCCGGCAGGCCUAUGCAAUGGAUAAGGAAUCUAAUUGGACGGCUGCCGGUACAUUGUUGCGCCAAGCUAUUCACCAGGGCUUGCAUCGCGACCCCAAGCAUUUCCCAGCGAUUUCACCAUUCGAUGCGGAGAUGCGACGCCGUAUAUGGGCUUCUAUUCUCGAGAUCAACGUCCAGUUUUCAAUCGAUGCGGCUAUGCCUCCACUGCUGACUCCAGAGGACUACGAUACAUGUCCACCAGCAAAUCUAGGCGAUGAUGACUUCGAUCAGUCAACAACUGAUAUACCUCCGCCACAGCCCAAGAAAUAUUACACCACAUCAUCCUUGCAGAGUCUCCUCUGCCAGUCCCUCCCAGUACGGCUGCGCAUACUACGAGCCCUCAACGAUUGCAAUAAUGAGCAAUCUUACGAGAACGCGUUACGUUUGGGGGCUGAUAUAACCACCGCUUGCAAGGAAAUGGCAGCGCUCUUUCACAUAUGGCUCUCGCGGACUGGUAAAAGCAUGAUUCGGCCAACCCAGUUUCACCACCAGCUUAUGGACACGAUAUUACGGCGCUUUUUGCUUAAUCUGUACCGCCCUUUCACAACCCGGUCCGCUCAAGAUCCUCGAUUUUAUCUGUCUCGAAAACUGAGUCUCGACUCCGCUCUCAUCUUGGCAUCCUACGCGGAUCCUUCUGCCUCCUUCGAUGCUGAUGAAACUCCAUAUCAGGAUUUUCAACGAUUGUGUCUCUCCGGAGCUGGUGUGUUCAAGGGUUGCCUUUCUCUAGAUAUAAUCAUCGUCAUCAGCCUAGAACUCAUCACCCAGCUGGAAGAGGAAGUCAUUACACUACCCAGCGGUCCUGUCUCACUCCCACCGGAGGCAGUGGAUCCAAGGGUGAGCGCAGCUCACAAGCAUUUCAUUCACGCGCUCGAGCGGAUCAAGGGCCAACUCUAUCAAGGCUUGGACGCAGGAAUCCCGAGUAUGAAGCGGUACUGUCUACUCGUUGGUAUCCUUGCACAAAUCCAAGCUGUACCUCGUGGAGAACAAGCAGAGUGGACUCAUAUCCGAGAAGCUUUCAUAGAAAGCAUGAAAACGUGUCGUAAGCUCCUACAACACCAUAUGUCGAAUGAGCCUCCGGCCACAAUGACGGAUGGCACGAUACUUACGCCGGCUGACGGAGUCUGUGAGUUCACGCCCGAGAGCGCGAUUGGGUCAAGCCUAGAGUCGGAAUUUAUGAUCUCAGUUUUGAUGAUGUAA